UUGAACCAACCAAAAGCUCUCUUCUCACACUCGAGUCAAUUCCUAACUCCACCGUCUCCUCUCACCGUUGCUUUCCAAAUCAAGUAAUCAACCACACCACCUCUGAUCGAUCACCAGUCCUGCUUGUACUCUUGCACAAAUCUCCCCAACCCAUCUGCAUCCUGUACUCGAUUAAGUCACCAAAAACUGUUCUCUUAAAAGUAUUUUAAGUAGACACCAACAGUUGUUACAAGCCUCUGGCUCUCUGCGCAUUGUAAUCGGUGGUGAACCACAAUGGCAUCCUCUCAAGAACCCUACCUUUCCCCACAGAACCCUGCCAUGCAGCCGAGCCCAUCGUUGUCCGAGCAUGGAUUUCCGGUCACUCCAAUCUGGUCGACAGGUAGUAGCCCAGUCAUACAGUUUGUGUCCAACGUCGUCGUUGGCGGCGAUGGUGACGCACUGUCGGCGUCUCUGAGCGCCUGCCCGUCGACGAGGUCGUCGAGCGGGAGCUCGUCGGAGGUAGAGAUCGAGGUGCUCUUCCCGGGAGACGACUACUACUACGACGAUGGCUGCACGUCGCCGGCGUUGCGCUCGCGCAGCUCGUCGCUUCGUGGCAGCAUCGACGGCGAGCCGGAUUUGGAGGCUGGGAGGUCGAGGCUGCUGCGCGCGUCGUCACUGAGGAUGAUGGAGUUCGUCGAGCGCGACAACAAGAGGGAGCUGAGGUGGAGUGCGAUGGAGGAAGGGUAUGGGCUCUCGUCGACGUCGCAGAGGAACAAUGCUGAUGAGAAUGAAUCUACCAGUUCAACCAGAGAGCCUGUUCCAGUCAACAUAAAUGUCAAUCCCAGUAGAUCCAUCAGUCGUUCUCCUAGUCAUGGGAUCAGAAUAGCGUUGGACAGCUGCGAGAGAAACUCAACUAGCAGAAUCACAGAAAAGGAUAUUAAGCAGGCAAUAAUGUUCAGUGCCUCUUUGAACAAGCUGACCUUGAGCCAAGAUGAGGCCACUCAAUACACACACUUGAUCCUAGAGGAGCUCCAGACAGGCCAAGGACUCAUCAAGCUGAAUGGCACAAAGCAGCACCAGUCGAGGGAUCUCCAACCAAUUUGCUGGCCAACACCAAUGCCAACCAAAUACGGCACAUGGAUACUAUCAGCAACCAUUGCUUUCUUGCGUGCACACUGGAGGCGGAUAUGGAUGGUUUUGUUAUGGCUUGUGGCUUGUGCUGCACUCUUCACAUGGAAGUUCAUGCAAUAUCGUCAGCGGUUGGCAUUUGAGGUCAUGGGGUACUGCCUGUCGACUGCAAAGGGGGCUGCAGAAACUCUCAAGUUUAACAUGGCCAUUGUGCUCCUACCUGUGUGCCGUAACACAGUCACGUGGCUCAGGAGAAGCCAUGUUAUCAACUCGGUCAUCCCAUUUAAUGACACAAUUAACUUCCACAAGCUUGUUGCGGCAGGCAUUGUGAUUGGUAUAGUUCUCCAUGGAGGCAUCCACUUGUCAUGUGACUUCCCAAGGAUUGUGAAGGCAGAUAAGACCUUCUUUGGGCGCACAAUUGCUGUUGACUUUGGGUACCACCAGCCAUCGUACCUGGAGAUAGUGGCAUCAACCGAGGGUACAACUGGUAUAGCCAUGGUGAUACUCAUGUUGAUUGCUUUCCUGCUUGCAAGUAGUCCUUCAAGAAGAAAUCCAGUAUCGCUGCCACCUCUAGUCAGACGGUUUUCUGGAUUCAAUGCUUUCUGGUACUCGCAUCAUGUGUUCAUCGCUGUCUAUGUGCUCCUCAUCGUGCAUUCCAUGUUCCUCUUCCUAGCAAAGGAUGUCGCUGAGAAGACGACAUGGAUGUAUGUUGCCUUUCCUGUGAUGAUCUACCUUGGAGAGUGGAUGUUCAGGAUGGUCAGAUCUAUGGUAUUUGAUGUCAAGAUCCUCAAUGCAACAACUUACCCAGGGAAGGUACUUGCACUCAAGGUGACAAAGCCUCCAAGCUUUCGAUAUCGAAGUGGAAUGUAUGUAUUCGUCCAAUGUCCACAGGUUUCGAAGUUUGAAUGGCAUCCAUUUUCGCUUACUUCUGCACCAGAUGAUGAUCACUUGAGCAUCCACAUAAGAUCUCUUGGUGAUUGGAGCUACCAAAUUUAUGACGUUUUCCAACAGGCACUACUUUCCAGCAAUUCUGACCUGCCAAAAAUAUCCAUGGAUGGCCCCUACGGUGCAGCUUCACAGGAUCACUCGAAAUAUGAAAAUAUUUUGUUAAUUGGGCUUGGAAUAGGAGCAACACCUUUCAUAAGUGUUCUCAAAGAUAUUGCAAAUGGCCUAGAUAAGGGAGAUGACCAACUGAGGAAGGCAUACUUUUAUUGGGUCACAAGAGAGCAAGGAUCCUUCGAGUGGUUCAGGGACAUCAUGAAAGAGGUUUCGGCUCUUGACGGCAAGCAGGGUGUGAUAGAGAUGUAUAACUACCUGACCAGUGUUUAUCAAGAAGGCGACAAGCGAUCGGUGCUAAUAAGCACGAUUCAAGCUCUUCAUUUUGCGCGCCAUGGGAUUGAUAUCAUCUCGAAAACUCCGGUCCGUACACAAUUCUCGAGGCCUAACUGGCCUAGAGUGUUUUAUGGUCUUGCAAAAAGGCAUAUCGGAGACAGGAUAGGGGUUUUCUACUGUGGUCCGGAUGAUUUGGGAAGGCAGUUGGAGAGGCUCUGCCACAACAUGAACACGAGAACAUUCACUAGAUUUGUGUUCCACAAGGAGCAUUUCUAAUAAUAGAAAACAAUACACGAUAAGAUUACGUUUUAUAUCAUUUUAUUUUCUAAAUGACUGCUAGGGCUAGAAGAUCGGCUCGAUUUGAACAAAAACAACUAACGUAUGAUUCCCAAUCGAUUGCCAUUUUCAUUUGUUGGACAAUCGAUUGUCACAACA